GUUUUUGCUUGGACGUGCAAAGAUGGCUUUUGAGAAGAUUCACGUGGAGAACCCGAUCGUCGACCUCGACGGCGAUGAGAUGACGCGCAUCAUCUGGCAGCUCAUCAAGGACAAGCUCAUCUUCCCGUUCUUGGACCUCAAGACCGAGUACUUUGACUUGGGUGUCGAGUACCGUGAUGAGACCAACGAUGAGGUCACGCUCGCUGCUGCCCGCGCCAUCCAGAAGCACAACGUUGGCAUCAAGUGCGCGACGAUCACGCCCGACGAGCAGCGCGUCGAGGAGUUCAACCUCAAGCAGAUGUGGAAGUCGCCCAACGGCACGAUCCGCAACGAGCUCGGCGGCACUGUCUUCCGUGAGCCGAUUCUCUGCAAGAACAUCCCCAAGCUCGUGCCUGGCUGGAAGGACUCGAUCAUCAUUGGCCGCCACGCGUUUGGCGACCAGUACAAGGCGCUCGACUUUGUCGCGCCGGGCAAGGGCACGUUCAAGAUCACGUUCACGCCCGAAGACUCGAACGGCAAGACGGAGGAGUACACGGUGUACCAGUUUGCGGAUGCGGCCGGCGGCGUCGGCAUGGGCAUGUACAACACGAAGGAGUCGAUCACGGGCUUUGCGCGCGCGUGCUUGGAGUAUGCGCUCGGCCGCAAGAUGCCGCUGUACCUCUCGACGAAGAACACGAUCUUGAAGCGCUACGACGGCAUGUUCAAGGACGUCUUCCAGGAGAUGUACGACACGGAGUACGCUGCCGCAUACAAGGCGGCUGGCAUCUGGUACGAGCACCGCUUGAUUGACGACAUGGUCGCGCAGUGCCUCAAGUCCAAGGGCGGCUUUGUGUGGGCGUGCAAGAACUAUGACGGCGAUGUCCAGUCGGACAUUCUCGCGCAGGGCUUUGGCUCGCUCGGUCUCAUGACGUCGGUGCUCCUCACGCCGGAUGGCAAGACGAUGGAAGCCGAGGCGGCCCAUGGCACGGUCACGCGCCACUACCGCGUGCACCAGAAGGGCGGCGAGACGAGCACCAACUCGAUCGCGUCCAUCUUUGCGUGGACGCGCGGCCUCAUGCACCGCGCCAAGCUCGACAAGAACGACAAGCUCCAGACGUUCUGCGAGCAGCUCGAGGCGACUGUCGUCGAGACGGUCGAGGCCGGUCAGAUGACCAAGGAUCUUGCGCUCCUUAUCCAUGAAGACAAGAUGGAGCGCAAGCACUGGCUCAACACGUUCGAGUUCCUCGACGCGAUCGCCGCCAACCUCACGAAGAAGCUCCAUGCGUAAUUUGUUUAAGGGGGUUAUAAAGCUUGUUAGUUCUCGU